UUAGAGUAGGAAGUGGGAUUUCCUUCGCUCACCAACAAAGCAGCUGAAGCAAAAAUGGCAGCCACCGAUGUUCAGGAGUUUAUUCAGCAAAAUAGAGCUUUAGCCGACCAGGUUGAAAACCAUCGUGGUAUUUCAGAAACCAAUAAGCAGUGGGACGCUAGGCGGGAGUUCGUCCUUCGAAAUAUAAACGAGUUUGAAGAGGCGCAGAUUGACCAGCUGCUGGCUCUAUCGAUGGUGUGGGCCAACAACGUGUUCAUGGGCUGUCGAUAUAACACCGAACUUCUGGACAAAGUAAAUGAGAUGGCUGACGGCAUCGUAGUGGAGGAUGCCCCGGUAUUCCAAACAAGAGAAGAAAUUAUGAAGAAAGUGGGUCGAUGACCGGAAUGGAUGAAGAGUCGUCUGGUAUCGAUGACAAGAAUGAAGAGUAAUUGGACAAUGAUUACGGUUUUAAUCAGUUAUCCCGAAGAUAACCUAAUAUGUGUAGUUCCUCCUCAGAUUUGACAUGGUUUUAAAUUGUUGUCGGCCCUACAAACAUGUAUUUUAAAACGUUUUUAUUCAUGAAAUAUUGUUCAGAAGGUGAUUACCAUCCUUUGUAUAGCAUUGUUUUCUCUACGUUACUGUCCUUUGGUAUUGCCUUCUAGCAUUGAUGUUGAUCCCUGUCGGCUAGUAAAUAAAUGAUUUCCAUGA